AUGCUAUUUGAGUUGCCUGGUUCUGAUAACGCAGUGACCAGGUUUGAGUGCAAACUGAUCAGAGCGAUGUUAACAUCCAGUACAUGUGAUUUUUUGGCUCAAGUGCGAUUAAAAAAUACUAAAGAGAGAGGUACAGUUUUAUGUUAUUGUGUUACAAAUACAUAUGGGAUGUUGCCAUCUAGUAAAUGUGAUGUCAACUGCUCCGAUGGACAGUCCUGUGGUGGGCUGUAUUCAUAUUCUGUCUAUAAGGGUCGGCUAGAAUGUAAGAACUUCUCUACGCACAGUCAAUACGUCACUGUGACUACGUUCGAGUCUCAACAAAUGAAUCUACUAGAGCUAGAAGCUUAUCCUCUUGAAAAUUGUAGCGUUAUGAAUGGAGGAUGCGACGAUUUCGUCUGCCUGGAUGUUCAGCCUGAUUUCAAGGAGUACAACGCUUCCGUUCGCUGCUACGAACCGGAUGAAGAUUUCAUUACUAUCCCUGAAGCAUCUAAAAAAAAACUGAACUUCAAGGGCUGCUUUGUGGCUGUGGUCUCAGAGGAAAAAAAGGACAAAAUAGGAACUGUUCAGUCCUGCUACGAACACUGCGUCCACACUGUCUUGUUCGCCAUGCAAAAUGCAAAAUACUGCCUAUGUGUCAGAUCUGUUGAACAUGAACUGAGCGCAAACAAAUGCAACAAGAAAUGUUCCGAUGAUCUGUCUUGUGGUGGUCGAAGGUUCUACUCCGUUUACGCGAGUAAUAAAUUAGUAAAAUUGGUCGAUAAUUCGUGUCGAUUUACGGUACGGUUCAAAGAUCAGGUGAACCGGGUAUUCGCUGAAUUCGAUGCGUUCAACAAUCCUCUGAAGUAUCAUUUCUGCCUGGAUGACGUAGCUGAAAGUGUGAAAGCCUACUGUCGCUCUGGAACUUGCUCGUAUGGAUAG